CAAUCGACUGAGAGGAGGGCGUGACUCCCGCUACUCCGGCAGAGCAGGAGUAUGAAGUUUGAGCUAUCAGUGCACAGCUGCUGCGAGAGAAUGCUGCGCCUCGGCGCCCGUCGCUGCGCGAUAUCGUCUGACUCCGCUCUUACGUGCGCGCAACUUUAACCGCCGCGUUCGUCGUUCUCAGAGCGUAUGCGCAAAGUUUGACGCGUCUCCUCUGCGGCUCCGCUCAACAAAUGGCUCGGAAUCUCCGCUCGCAUCCGCACGGGACUGGCGCCGCUUUGAUUGCGCUUGCGGUCAUUCUGACAGGUGACGCUGUCGCGCAGGUUUUUGACAGCUAUGGAUUAUCAUACGCCUUGAGGUCUGAGCUGUCAGAGGACACGAUAUUGGUUGCCAAUAAUGGGAUACGCGUGCCUUUCGGGAGAUCAGUCUCCAUUGAUCCCAUUAACGAUCUGGUUAUCCAAGUUCAGCCCGGCGAUAGAUGCAGCAUAACAGUGUUGGAUAACGACCCGUUGUCCCAAAGGCCUGGACACCUGUCUCCGAAAAAGUUUCCAUGUGAAUUUGGCCCCAACGACGUGAAGUAUUCUCACUUUGGCUCGAGGAGUCCUCCGAGGGACAGAGUGAGGUUACAACUCAGGUAUGACACCCAAACGGACACCGUUGUUAUACCUUUCAUGAUGGAAGUGGAGGUCGUUUUCACGCAGCUGGAAGUUUUAACCAAAAACAUGCCGCUGACUGUUGAGAAGCUGCUGGGCACGAGCAACCCCAUCGAUAGAAGGAUUUUAGAAUUCACCUACGACAGGAGCGCACGACAAUGCAGCGUGGCGUCGCUGUCCAGCGGCAGCGUGCUCCCCAGGUACGGGAAACUCGUGGACGAGGACAGCCUCGGAAAAAUGGUAGACUGCGAUGAUUUCAUUAAAAUGAACAUCCGUUAUCAGCACACCUUUGCUUUGAAGUCACCGAACAGAGAUUACGUCCCGAUGCUCGUGGAGUUACAUGAUAAGGAAGGCAAUUUGCUCAAGCAGGAGUUUUUCCAAAUUCUGGUCAGGAUUAAAGAGGGGGAGGAGAACUCAGCGCCCAAACCGAGCUUUGUGGCCAUGAUGAUGAUGGAGGUAGAUCAGUUUGUCAUGACAGCCAUCACUACGGAGAUGCUGGCGGCAGAGGAUGCUGAGUCUAAUCAGGAUGAGCUAAUCUUCAACGUCACGUCCCCCUUGUCUUUUGAGGAGGGCUACAUAGUGAGCACAGAUGAUAGGAAUUUACCAAUAACCUCAUUUUACCAAGGAGACCUCAAAGACUUGAAAAUCGCUUACAAACCCCCUGCGGUGGAUUCAGACACGGAGCGGAUUUUCCAGAUUGAGUUUGAGGUUGUGGACAGGGAGGGGGCUGUGUCAGACCCCUUUGCUUUCAUGAUCGUUGUUAAGCCUAUGAACACGUUGGCCCCUGUGGUGACUAGGAAUACUGGCCAGCUGUUGUAUGAGGGUCAGUCCAGGCCUCUGUCCAGUUCACAGAAUCUGGAAAUCAGUGAUGAGGACAAUUUAGACAGAGUCCAAAUCACUGUUAUUGAUGGGCUGAGGCAUGGAGAAUUAUCCGUCUUGGGCUUAAGGAGGAAAUUUUUCACCCCCGCCGACCUCGAUGCCGGAGCCGUCAUUUAUCAACACGAUGGCAGCGAUACAUACAGCGAUAAUAUCAUCUUCAGAAUGACGGACGGCACGAACGAGGUGGAGUUCCUGUUUCCCAUCACUGUCGUCCCCACCGACGACGAGCCGCCCAUAAUCAAUGCCAACACCGGUUUGGUUUUAUUCAAAAACCAGAUGAUGCAAAUCUCCACACUCAUGCUCAGCGCAGCAGACAUCGACUCAGAGGAUUCCACCAUUCAAUUCAUAACCCAGCCUCCCUUUUCCACAGUUGGGCAGGUGCUGCUGCGCCAGUCCGAGGCCCCCGAGGACCCAUCAACCUGGAAAUUUAACACAGCAGAUGAAAUGUAUGAGAAAGUGGUAACUGAGUGGCUGCAACAGGAUAUUGUGGAUGGUAAAUUGUUUUACAAGCACAUCGGUCCCCACAGCACCAGCGCAGUCAUGGACCAGUUCGUGUUUAAAGUGCAGGACGACAACGACCCACCAAACCAAUCGGGUGACAGCUCGUUCAUCGUUAAAAUCCUUCCUGUUGACGACCUCCCACCUAAGCUGUACCAUGACACCACUCUGCAAAUGACUGUGCACGAGUAUCAGCUGACUUACCUGAGAAAGAAAUUCCUCCGUUACACUGACCUGGACUCGGAGGACCGGGAUCUCAAAUACACCAUUACCCAGCUGCCAAUGGACACAGAUGAGAAUAACCCGGUUGUUUUAGGAGCCCUGGUGUUAACUGAGCAGCCAAACACCGAAGUCACGACUUUCACUCAGGCACAAAUUAACCACCACAAAAUAGCCUACAAACCCCCCGAUCUGGAGCUUGGAAUUACCCCUCAUGUCUUACAGUUUAGGUACACAGUGGAGGAUGUGUCUGGAAAUAGUGCAGAAGGAGUCUUCACCAUUCUGUUAAAGCCCGUGGACAACAAGCCGCCUCAGAUAACCAACGCGGGAUUUACUGUGCUUGAGGGUGGCACACAUAUCAUCACGAGUGCGGAGCUGGACACCUCAGACACAGACACAGACAGCACAAAGAUAACGUUCACCGUGACGCUGCCGCCGCUGCACGGCCACAUCCUGUUCAUGUUCACGCACAUGAGUCAGGGGGCCACUUUCAGCCUGGAGGACAUCGCAAACCGCAGAAUCUCGUAUGUCCACAAUGGCGACGAAUCAACAGUCGAUGUGAUACAUUUAGAUGUCAGUGACGGGGUCCAUGUUGUGCCGAUUAUUAUAAAGAUUAGCGUGAAGCCUGUUGAUGAUGAGACUCCAACAAUCAGUCUCCCUGCUGGUACGAUUGGCUCCUACAUAGACGUACUGGAAAAUGGAGCCACAGAGAUUACGAGCAAUGUCAUCCAGGGACAGGAUGAGGACACAGAUGACCUUCGUUUGACCUUUAUUGUCGAGGACCCGCCGUCGCUGGGUGAAAUCCUGGUGAGAGGCGUCCCAGCCGGCACUUUCACGCAAGCCGAUGUCAUUAACGGCUUUGUGGUCUACGCUCACACCAGCGGAGAGAUAGGUUUCACAACAAAGGAGGACUUUUUCAAUCUCACUUUGACAGACAUGUCUGACGAGUGGACUGUUGGGGGAAAUAAGAUCACAGGCGUCAGAGUGCAUGUGACUAUCCUCCCCCUGGACAGCCAGGCUCCAGAGGUCUUUGUAGGACAGCAGUUCACAGUUGUUGAGGGGGAGAAAAACGUCAUUCAGAUUCUUCAUAUAAGUGCUGACGACGCUGACACCCCCAACGAUGAUCUCCUAUGUACAAUCAUCGUGCAGCCAAAUUCAGGCUACGUGGAAAAUAUCUCCCCAGCAACGGGAUCAGAGAAAUCCAGGUCCGGGACAGCUGUUAGUGCUUUCACCAUUAAGGACAUCAGACAGAAUCACAUUUACUAUGUUCAAAGCAUUCAUAAGGAUGUCGAACCAGUAGAGGACCGGUUUACAUUCAGAUGCUCUGAUGGCAUCAAUUUCUCUGAAAGGCACUUUUUCCCUAUCUCCAUAAUCCCCUCUAAUGAUGAAAAGCCUGAGAUUUACAUGAGAGAGUUUGUAGUGAUGGAGGGCAUGAACAUAGUCAUCGACACUCCCAUUCUGAAUGGUGCUGAUGCAGAUCUCCCCUCUGAUCAGCUCACAUUCAUUAUCACCAAGCCCCCCAAGCAUGGAUUUAUUCUCAAUCAGCUCUCCACUGGCACCGUCCCUGUAUCUAACUUCACCUUGGAUCAGAUCAGGGAGGCCUCCAGCAUUGUGUAUGAACACGAUGACUCAGAGACCACGGAGGACCGCUUUGAUAUUGUUCUCACCGAUGGAAAGUUCAGUGUAGAGAAAACAGUAGUAGUUAUGAUUAUCCCUGUGGAUGAUGAAACCCCGAGGAUGGCGAUCAAUGACGGCCUUGAAAUUGAGAUAGGUGAUGUGAAAGUCAUAAAUAGCAAUGUUCUAAAAGCCACCGAUCUGGACUCCGAGGACAGCACGCUGACUUACAUUAUUCGCUACGGGCCUGGUCAGGGCUACCUACAGAGAACAACGCCUUCUGGAACAUGGCAGAACAUCACCGUGGGAAUGAACUUCACACAGGACGAGGUGGAUCAGGGUGCGAUCGUGUACAUCCAUAACGGACAGGAGGGCAUUCGAGACCUCAUCAAGUUCGACGUGACGGAUGGCGUCAACCCCUUGAUCGACAGGUACUUCUACGUCACGGUGGGCGGCAUUGACAUGGUCUUCCCGGACGUGAUCAGUAAAGGCGUGUCGCUCAAAGAGGGCGGCAGAGUCAGCCUGACGACGGACCUGCUCAGCACCAGCGACCUCAACAGCCCCGACGAACACCUGGUCUUCACAAUCACCCGAGCGCCCGUGAGGGGGCACCUGGAGUGCACGGACACACCCGGGAUGCCCAUCUCGUCCUUCACACAGCUCCAGCUGGCUGGCAACAAAGUCUACUACAUCCACACUGCAGACGACGAAGUGAAAAUGGACAGCUUCGAGUUUGAGGUCACGGACGGUUACAACCCUGUGUUCCGCACCUUCCGCAUCUCCAUCACUGACGUGGACAAUAAAAAGCCGGUGGUCACAGUCCACGGCUUGGUGGUCACCGAGGGGGAGAACAAACUCAUCACCCCGUUUGAGCUAACGGUGGAGGACAGAGACACCGUCGACCGCCUCCUGAAGUUCACAGUCACUCAGAUCCCGGUUCACGGUCGCCUGCUCUUUAACAACACCAGGCCGGUCACCGCCUUCACGAAGCAGGACCUGAACGAGAACAUGAUCAGCUACAAGCACGACGGCACGGAGAGCGCGGAGGACAGCUUCUCCUUCACGGUCACCGACGGCACGCACGUGGACUUCUACGUCUUCCCCGACACGGGGUUCGAGACCCGAAAACCCCAGGUGAUGAAGAUCAGCGUGCUGUCGGUGGACAACGGCGUGCCGCAGAUUGUGGUGAACAAAGGUGCGCCGACGUUGCGGGUUCUGGAGUCGGGCCACCUGGGCUUUGUGAUCACCAGUAAGACCCUGAAAGCAGAGGACAGAGACAGCAUUCAAGGGUCUGUGACAUUUCGGAUUACUGUGGCCCCGGAGCACGGCUACCUGAUCCACCUCGGCAAAGGAAACGCCACUAUUACCGCCUUUACACAAGCUGAAAUUGACGACAUGAGCAUUUGCUAUGUUCUGCGGGAUGGAGCCAACGCUACAAACGACCUCUUCUAUUUCUCCAUCGAGGACAUUGGAGGCAACAAACUGAAGAACCAGCAGUUCCGCCUGAACUGGGCUUGGAUCUCUUUAGAGAGGGAACACUAUGUGGUGAAUGAAAAGGGGAAGUUCCUGGAGGUGGUGCUGAAACGUCGGGGGUACCUGGGGGAGACCUCGUUUGUCAGUAUUAACACAAAGGAUGGCACUGCAGAAAAGGACAAAGAUUUCCGGGGGAAAUCUCAAAAGCAGGUGCAGUUCAACCCGGGCCAGACCACCGCCACCUGGAAAGUCCAGAUCCUGUCAGACAGCAAGUAUGAGGUGUCAGAGACCUUCCAGGUCGUUCUGUCAGAACCAGUCAUGGCGGUCCUUGAAGUCCCAGAGGUCACGUCUGUAGAAAUCCUGGACCCGGAUGACGAGUCAACAGUGUUCAUACCCUCAGCUGUGUACGAGGUAGAGGAGGACGUUGGUGAGCUGCUCAUUCCUGUGCGCAGGAGUGGAGACGUCAGUCAGGAGCUCAUGGUCGUCUGCUUCACGCAGCAAGCGCUGCUUUCUGCCCACACAGUCUCAGCCACAGGCACCGUCCCCACCGCGGUGCUGUCGUUCUCCGAUUACAUCUCCAGGCCCGAAGAGCACCACAGCGUCCUGCGCUUCGACAAAGGGGAGGUGGACAAGCCGUGCCGCGUGGUGAUCAUCGACGACUCGCUGUACGAGGGCGAGGAGAGCUUCAACGUCUCCCUCAGCAUGCCCAUGGGCGGCCGCCUGGGCGCCCGCUUCCCCACGGCCAGAGUCUCCAUCGUUCCCGACAUGGACGACGCUCCUGUCUUCUACUUCGGCAACAACGACUACCACGUGGAUGAGAGCGAUGGCUUUGUGGAGGUGCAGGUGUGGAGGACGGGGACUGAUCUCUCCAAAGCAGGAACUGUCACAGUGCGCUCCAGGAAGACAGAUCCUGUCUCCGCUGAGGCUGGUGAGGAUUACGUAGGGAUCAGCCGGAAUCUGGACUUCGCUCCGGGGGUCACCGUGCAGACGAUCCGAGUGACCGUCCUGGAUGACCUGGGUCGACCGGUGCUGGAGGGGCCCGAGAAGUUCGAGCUGGUGCUGAGGAUGCCCAUGAACGGGAUCCUCGGGGACCUGAGCAAAGCUACGGUUCUCAUCAACGACUCAGUUUCUGACCUGCCAAAGGUGCAGUUCCGUGACGCUGUGUAUGUGGGCAAUGAGGACGCUGGGCAGAUCUCAGCUACUGUUUAUCGCAGUGGUGACAUCAACUACAGGUCCACAGUCCGCUGUUACAGCAGACAGGGGACCGCCCAGGUCAUGAUGGACUUCAACGAAAGGCCCAACACCGAUGCGUCCAUCAUCACCUUCCUACCAGGAGAGAUUGAGAAGCCUUGUGUACUGAUACUAGUUGAUGACACAGAACAUGAGGAGGAGGAAGAACUCCGUCUUGUUUUGGGAAGCCCCCGCAGUGACUCUCCAUUCGGAGCAUCCGUCGGACUCCAGAAAGAGACUCUCAUCAAAAUAAGAGACGACGCCGACAAGGCCAUUAUUAGGUUUGGAGAGACCAAAUUCAGUGUGAGUGAACCGAAGAUAAGCGGCCAAGUGUCUGCGGUGAGGAUCCCAGUACUGCGUGCCGGUGACACCUCCAAGGUUUCUGUCGUCCGUGUUCACACGAAGGACGGCUCCGCUACCUCUGGGGAGGAUUACCAUCCUAUAUCUGAGGAGAUUGUGUUCAAAGCGGGUGACACAGAGCACUAUGUGGAGGUGGAGGUUCUAUAUGACGGUGUCAGAGAGAUGAGGGAGGCGUUCACGGUGCACCUGAAGCCCGACGAGAACAUGGUGGCGGAAACAAAGAUGAGCAAAGCCAUAAUCUAUAUUGAGGAGACCAACAGCAUGGCAGACGUCACCUUCCCCUCAGUGCCCAGAGUGGUUUCCCUGCUGCAUUAUGACGACGUGCACAGGACCAGAGACUCUCUGCCAGUAGCUGGAUACCCUGUCAUCUGUGUGACUGCCUGUAACCCCAAGUACCCAGACUAUGACAAAACAGGAUCCAUCUGCGUAAGCGAGACCAUCAACAACACCUUAACUCGCUACCGCUGGCUAGUUAGCGCCCCCACCGGCCAAGACGGGGUCACCAGCCCGAUGAGGGAGGUGGAUUUUGACACCUUCUUCACCUCCUCCAAGCUCAUCACGUUGGACUCAGUCUACUUUCAGGCUGGUUCCAGGGUCCAGUGCGCUGCGAGGGCCGUGAACUCUAACGGGGAUGAAGGUCUGGAGCUGAGCAGCCCCAUAGUGUCCGUCAGCACAGACAGGGGGUUGUGUCAGCCGCGUGUUGCAGGCACAGUCGGCGCCGAGCCCUUCUCCGCCAGGCUGCGUUACACUGGGGCCGAGGACGCGGAGCACCCCAACCUCAUCAAGCUGACGGUCACCAUGCCUCACAUGGACGGUAUGCUGCCUGUGGUGUCCACGCGGCCCCUGUCUAACUUUGAGUUGACUCUGAGCCCCGACGGGACCCGUGUCGGCCACCAUCGCUGCUCCAACCUGCUGGACUACACCGAGGUCCAGACCCGCCACGGCUUCCUUACCGACGCCACCAAAAACCCUGAGGUGAUCGGCGAGACCGCUCCCUACCAGUACAGCGCCUCCCUCAGGGGAUCCAGCGCCCUGCGCUUCUACCGGAACCUCAACUUGGAGGCCUGUUUGUGGGAGUUCACCAGCUACUACGACAUGUCGGAGCUGCUCAGUGACUGCGGAGGCACCAUCGGCACCGAUGGACAGGUGCUGAACCUGGUCCAGUCCUACGUGACCCUACGAGUCCCGCUCCAUGUGUCCUAUGUCUUCCACUCCCCCGUGGGAGCUGGGGGCUGGCAGCAUUUCGACUUGCAGUCUGAGCUGAGGCUCACGUUUGUGUACGACACUGCCAUCUUAUGGCGAGAUGGCAUCGGCAGCCCACCAGAGUCUGAACUACAAGGUGCCCUCUAUCCGACCAGCAUGCGUAUAAAUGGACAGGGGAGACUCGUAGUCAACUUCCGCUCCGAAGCUCGAUUCAGAGGCCUCUUUGUGUUUGCACAUCCAGCCUCACCGCUCACGUCUAUGGUGAUGUGUCCGGACCACGCUGGACUGACCUUUAACCUCAGCCUGGUGAGAAAUGAGCCAACUUACAACCAGCCCAUCCAACAGUGGACGUUCGUCUCAGAUUUUGCUGUGCGUGACUACUCUGGCGCGUACACAGUGAAGUUGAUCCCCUGUACGUCCCCUCCCAGCCUGGAGUACACCAUCCCUCCUGUCUGCAACCCCAGAGAGCCUCUGACCUUUGACCUGGAUAUUCGCUUUCAGCAGGUUAGUGACCCUGUGGCUGCUGAGUUCAGUCUGAACACGCAGAUGAUCUUACUGUCUAAACGGACGCUCUGGCUCUCAGACGGCUCCAUGGGCUUUGAACGCGAAAGCGACACUGCCUACUCACAGGGUGACACAAUUUACGGUCGGGUGAUGGUGGAUCCGGUCCAGAACUUGGGCGACUCCUUUAUUUGCAACAUUGAGAAAGUGUUCCUGUGUACGGGAACUGAUGGAUACGUCCCUAAAUACAACCCCAGCAACUUCGAGUUUGGCUGUCUGGCUGACGCGCCGUCUCUCCUCUACAGAUUCAAGAUCAUUGACAAGGCGCAGCCGGAGACGCAGGCCCGGUCCUUCGGCAGCGUAGCGUUUAACGCCUUCCUGGCGGUGGACGACCCUGGAGCCCUGGCGCUAGUGAGACAACCUGGUUCGGACGGUUUCAGAAUAGAUUCCUCUGCCCUUUUCCAGGUGUCGGCAGGGAGGGAGUGGUACAUCCACACCAUCUACACCGUGCGCUCCCGGGACAACGCCCACCGCGGCAUCGGGAAGAGGAGCCUGGAAUACCACGCGCUGACCCGGCACGCGCUCGCGGACCCAAAGAGCCGGCGCCGCGUCAGACGGUCGAACGGCGCCGCGCCACACGUCCCGGAGGAGAUCGGCGCCGACAACAACCGCGGCACCAACAUCCUGCACAUCGCACUGGACCGGAGCGGCCAGCAGAGGACCAGCCCGGAGAGGGAGGUCUUCACCAGAGGGGGGGUCCCCCGCGAGCUCAACCAGGCGGACGGCAGCGACCACGGGCCGGUGUUGAUCAUUGGCGUCUUCGUGGGGCUGCUCCUCGCCGUCCUCCUGGUCGUCGCGGCGGCGCUGCUGCUCCGCGCCAAGCGGGACGAUAAAGGCAAAGCCAAGACCUCCAGCAGCGCAGAGCCCAUGAUGACGCAAGGCCCCGGCAACGGCGACAGCUCGGAGGUCUAGGAGAGUCCUGGCUGAUGCUUUUGUUUGGCAAGUGCCUCCUCGCAUUCAGACGAAAAUUGAAGAUUGUGGAUGAAGCGUCACAAAUUAUGAGAGCUUUGAUUCCAUUCAGAAAUCUACUUGAAAUACUGCAUUGCUUCCACGCGCGGGAAGCGGUCGGGACACAAACUCUGCUAGUAGCCGUGUCAAGGUACUUGUCAAGUUGUUGGCUCUCAAUAACUGAUUUGUGUUUGUUGCCACUUUAUCCAAAAAUGGUUUAUUAUGUUUCCAAAGGUGCUACAGAAGAUGCCUCUUUUGGGGAUUCACUGCGUAGGUGGACGUUUUACACACUGUAUUCACUGUUAACAGGCUUUGUACGUUUGGUUCGCUGCCUCGAGACACUGUCCAUAGUUUGUAUACACUGGCUUAAACUAAAACUAGAGAUUCAGUGCGUGCCUAAAUGAUCACAGGGUCUCCUGUCCUGUUCGUCCUGUCUGCGCAACCAUUUGAGUGAAUGUUGCUUUUUGUACUUGUCUUCUUUCGCAUGCAUUUGUUUUCGUAUUUCAUCAUUGUUUGAAUUUGUAAAGAAAAAAAAAGCCCAAACGCUGAUUUAAAUGGAAUUGUAACAAAUGCAUCUGAUCUGCUGUAUUUUCACCAGUAUGUAUUUUAUCUUAUGUAAAACAGUAUUUAUCACUAGUAUUAAACAGCCCACAUAUUUAGUUGUUGAACCACUGUAUCAUUUAAAGAUCUUAUAUUAGUACAUGACAUCAAAUACGACGCUUGCUAAGAGUCUUCAGCAUCGAGCCGACUUCUAAAGACAGCUGGUCUGCAGUGUAAAGUACAGUGUAGUAUAGUAAAGGUUCCAAACACGCAAAGCUUCGACUGGUGCAGCUUAACGCCGAUGGCUGCGUCUCUGCGUCGCUCUGAGGCUCGGUGACCAUUAGACUGUUUCAGAUUCUGCCAAAAGGGAAUGAAAUGUUUGAUCUCUAAUCAACUUUAACGUUGAAAAUUCUCUCCUGAUUCAUUCGUUAUGAAUGUAUUUAUUUAUUUUAGCGUGCUAUUAUUAAAGUGCCGUCACGAAUCUUUCACGAACUUAAAAUCAUUUCACUGCAUGAAUUUGUUGAUGUGAUUUGAAUAUGUAACCACCACGUGCACAGAAUGGAACUAUACGAGCUCUCUUUGGCUCUUGUUUUCGUGUCGUCACAUCCAGACACUGUAUUUCCAUCAGUUCAGAUUACCUCAUAUUUCUGUGACUACUUCCUAUUAUCAGUUUUAUUUGCAAUUUUACUUUGACACUGAAAACUAUUCUAUGCAACCUGUGAUAUACCUUCAUGAAAUGUUUACCCCAAAUAUGAAUUUAUUUCUGUGCACAAUCUGCUUGCUAAAUCAGCUUUUACACUGGUUCUUUGUUUCACUCAAAGGCAUCUGAGCUUUUUAUGCACAUGUACUAUAUGUAUGUAUAUACAUAUGUAUUACCUAUAAUACCCUUUAGUUGCUUUGGGAAUGGUUAUUGUUAAAAAUGCAUACUGUAUGUGCUGUAAGUAUUUGUAACAUAGACCUCAACCACAACAAGGUCUACAAAUAAAUAAUUUUUUCAAGAAAGUCUGUUUUCAAUUAAAGAUCCAAACACUUGAGUAAACCAUGUGCUUUUAUUACCAGUGCAUAUUCAUAGAGAAAACAAAGUUACAGCUUUGAGUAAAAUCCUUGCGACGCAUCUCAGAGAGAUGGGUCUUUGACUCCUCAUAGACGUCUGGGCUCGUUUUUGGCAACAGAUCAGAUGCAGCAGCUUCCUGGUAUAAAUACGUGCAUAUCUACACGGUGCAGGGCAAAUGUUGGUGUCUGGAUAUUUAGCUCAUUUUAUUAGACCGGGAAGCUGCUUUCUGCACCUGGUCUCUCUCCUGCUUUGGCGCCAGACCUUCCUAUGAUAAUACAAGGAAUGAACACAAGGGGGAGCGAGAUCAGCAAAAGCUCUACUGGUACAAGUCUUUCCUUGGAUCUAACUGGGAUAGCUUACAACAAGCAAGAGUAUUCUAGAAUAUGGACGUGUUUGCUGGCGAAUGUCAUUUAAUAAAGAGUACUUUGAUAAUUAUGUGAAACCAAAUACAGGAGAAACACGUCGUUAUCUGUCCCAAUUAUUCUUAUCACCUUCUUCCACAAAGCUGCCAUAAGUCGUCUUAUACCUCAUUCGUCUGAUACCUUAAAAUGUAUUUUUUGAAGUCGUUUGUCUUCCUUGUGGGUCUAGAUUACCUGAGAUAUGUGUUAUUGUAGUUUCUAUGUGUUUGUCACUGCUUGCACCUGACAAAUAAAUCUUCACCACGGAUUCUAAAAACCUAGAAAAAACAAAUGUGACUUUUGUAGCUUUGGAAAACAGCUGAUCAUGUGCAAAAGCACCAAUCUAAACUUUCCCCGCGUGGAAGGAACUGAAUCCUGCUUUAGCUUAAAGGUUUCUCUGAAGGAGUGUGGAGCUCAAAAGAAAAGAACGGACAUCAAUUUACAAAAAUAAUUCGUAAAUACUGAGCUAUUGUAAAAAAUAAAAUAAAUAAGCUUUAAGGGUUUUUUUUCCCUUUAAAAUGACAGAUAUUAGGAAAAAUGGAAAUAAAUAUGAAACUCUUCAUUUCAAAGCCUGUGCUGGGUAUGUAUGUAUGAAAAGCACACUUUCUUACAGCUGCCAUUCACACAUGUUUAAAAUCCUUGACCCCUUGACCUCUGGUCCUGGAAGAGCCAACAGGCCACGUGUUUGAAAGUCAUAUUACACACACACACACACACACACACACACACACACACACACACACACACACACACACACACACACACACACACACACACACACGCAGUGA